GCACACCUCCAUGCCAUUCCGCCCCUGACAGACGCAGAGCAAUCGAGCGUUAGCGCGACAUGGACCUGCACAGAAUGCCCAAACAAGCGGAUUAUAACUUUGACAACAUGGAGGGAAAGCACGACAUGCUGCAGUGCCACGAGGACCACUUGGACAGCGGCCUCGACUCCCUGAAGGAGGACGAGCUGCUGACCAGCUUCGAGGACAUGACCGUCAGCGCGCGCACCGAGCACACGGAGUAUGAGCCCUGGCGCAGCGCCAUCACGGACGACGGAGACACGCUGCUCCACUUGGCCAUCAUUCAUGAAUCCACAGAGCAUGUUCUUCAAAUGAUCAAGCUUUCCCACAACCACCCUUUCCUCAAUGUGCAGAACCACCAAAGACAGACUGCCCUCCACCUGGCGGUGAUCACAGAGCAGCCCCAGCUGGUGGACAAGCUCCUGAAGGCUGGCGCCGACCCCGUCCUGGUCGACAACCGAGGCAACACGGCCCUCCACAUCGCCUGCAAAAAGGGUUCCCUUGCCUGUUUUGGCGUCAUCACCCAGAACUGCCAGCGCCACUUAGCCUCCAUGGCCUCCUUCCCCAACUACAGCGGACACAACUGUCUUCACCUAGCGUCCAUCAAUGGUUAUGUUUCUUUGGUGGAAAGCCUCGUCCAGUUGGGUGCAGACAUUAACGCACAGGAACCUUGCAGCGGCAGGACCGCCCUCCACCUGGCAGUUGAUCUGCAGAACCCCACCAUGGUCCACUGCCUCCUCGACCUGGGCGCUAACGUCAACUGCCUAAACUAUGGCGGGUUCACGCCGUACCAUCUGACCUACGGCCGGCAGAACGAGCAAAUCCGCUGCCAGCUGUACGAGAGGACGGCACAGGAGCUGAGGGAGCUACCCGACAGCGACUCUGACAGCGACAUGGAGGACGUGGAGCUCCUUGAGGUCGACAUGUACGAUGACAUAAAGUUCGGAAAGUGAAAAGAAAAAAACUCAACUGGCGGUGUGAACACCCAAUUUCAUCGGCUAUUGGGAUGGUCGAGCCUCUGCUCCCAGGUGGGGACAGAAGAACGCCCCCGACCCCUGUCCAAGGUUUGGGCCCGCGAGGGCUGGCCCUUUAACUGCAGACAAGAAUGAAGAUGGGCGUCCAGUCUGGUCACUUCGGACCAAAAUCACCUAAAAAGACCAAAACCUCGGUCUUCCUCUGCAUCUGUACAAAUAUAGAACUAUAUAUAAAGACACUUGUAAUAUAUUGUAAAUACAGAUAUAUUAUUUUUGUACUUGCUGUGAAUUUUAAACACUCUAAUGUGUCCGGAAUAAAAAAAAACUUUAUUCAUAUGA